GUUGAAUUCAUUCGUGGCUCUCUCAGUGGUGCAACGAUGCAUGUCUUGUUGCCUACCAUUAUUCGCGACGUCUACGGCAUCCCAACUGAGGAAUUAUAUGGUGUGGCUCUCAAUGGGAUGUCGAGCUUUUCAAGAGAGGAAAAUGGCGGUGAAUUCAGCCGUAGAGGUAUGCCUGCAUGACGUCUCCACAUACGUCACCUGGGUCAAAGUAAGGAAUGUGCCUUUCGAGGCGGAGGAGUAUGUUAUUCGGAAAGUUUUUGGUAAAUACGGCACGGUACAUGCAGUGACCAAGGGAGUGUGGAGGGAGGGCCCAUACGAGGGGCUCCCGGAAGGCUCCUGCACCCUCAAGAUGACUUUAAAACAGCCGAUUCCAUCUUAUGUUCAUCUAGAACACUACAGGACACAAGUUUUUGUUCACUAUGCAGGCAUACGUAAGACAUGCAGGUUAUGCAACUCGUAUGACCAUAUGGCUGCUCAGUGCUCCAGACGCCUGGUUGUACGCAUCCGGGAACCUUCUCCUGUGGUCCUAAGAACCGAGGCCUUUGAUCUGGAGACUGGUCCCUCGCCUGAACAAGGACCUAAGCUUUGGAGUGAGGAAGUACAACAAGAGGAGAUGCGGUCUAUGGCGUGUGCCACCCUGUCGGUGGACACUACAAACGUGCCCAUGCCACCUGUGGGGCCUACGGAGCCUGUGGGGUUGUCACAGGAAAGUUUGCUGGAGAACGUGCUAAACGAUCUCCUAGAUGGGGCAGAGCAUAGCCCAGACGUUUCACCGGAGUGUCAAGAAGUGGUGAAGGAUGAUUCGCCAAAUAUGGGAGACCUGGACGUGACUACAAUGACACGGAUGCAUGAGGUGGUGGUGGAAGUCCACCAGGAGGCUUCGUCUGGUGAGAUGUGUGUGGAAGUUGGUUCCCGCAAACGGACGGCAGGAGUGUCGGAUAUGGACGAGGUCCUGACACCGGGACAGCGUCCAGGGAAGAAAUUAUGGUCGAAAGUGUCUGAGGCGUCUCCUGCAGACGGGGUUGGGGCAAGCGCCCAGCAUAUGGGUAGGGCACGGGGGGGGUGAGGGGGGCCUUGGGAAGUCAAAGGUCAAAGAAGGUCAGUGUAAUGUACGUGUGGGAACGGGAAAGACCCACAAGCAUAGAGGAAAACCUCCUUUUGUGAAUUCAAGUGUGUUACCAUCAAUGUAAAUGGCCUGCGGGCAGAGUUUAAGUGUGUGUGGAUGGAGUGGUUCUUGCGCAGGUACGCUGUGGACGUAUGUUUCAUACAAGAACACAAUUAUAAGUUUGGGCGAGAGUUACGGUUAAAAGGCUACCGAAUGUAUGUUAGGAGUUCUUUAAAAAUAAAGGGUGGGGUAGCUAUAGCGGUGAAGGAGUCCAGCCCUUGGCGUGUCUUAAGAUGGGAGGAGGGGGGAGGUGGGAGGGUGGUGAGGGUAGAUGGGUACUGGGGUGAGGUGAGGGUUUGUUUUAUUGGCGUUUACAUGCCAGCGGAAAGCAACACUAAAGUUAAAAUAGAAUUUGUGAGGGAGGCUUUAACGUUUUACACUCGGGGUUUGCCGUUCAUUACCGUCAUGGGUGGGGAUUGGAAUUGCGUUAUCCGCCAUGGCGAUGUUGAGCCGCGGGGGCGGGGUGCGUUUUACCUGUCUUACGGAAUCUGCUGGGGGAUGCAGGGGUUUAUGAUGUGGUGGGGCGGGGUGGGUGGGGGGGGUGGAGCAUACGUUCGUUCGCAGGGGCUAUGCGGCCCGUCUGGAUAGACUUUAUGUAACACAAGGGAUUAGAGUUGGGCACGUACAGACCUUUGAUGUGGGGUUUUCAGAUCACCGUGCAGUGCUAGCGGACUUGAACUGGGAUGGAAUGAUCAGGGUUUAUCCAGGUUGUUGGAAACUGAACGUGCGGCUAUUGGAGGGGGAGGGGGAUGGGUCUGCUUUUCAGGACUGGUGGAAGAAUAUCUGGGAAACGCGACGGGCAGGUGAAUGUUUGUUGGAAUGGUGCCAAACCUGGAAUAGCGAGUUAUUAUAAGAAGCGGGGAAAAGAGGAGGCGAGGUGGAGGUAUGGGCUGCAAAACUAUCUGGAGGGGCAGCUAAAUGAUUACUAUGUGGGGGGCGGGAGUAGUAGUCGGUAUGACGACAUUGAACAUCUUCGUAGUCGACUUGCAGAAAUUCACAAUGAACGUUUCAAUGCGGUUAGAGUCAGAGCAGGUAUGGAAGAAGUGCUAUGGGGUGACAAACCUUCUGGUUGUGUCUUGCGCAAAUAUAGGGUCAGGCAACAGGCGACGUCCCUCUUGCAAUUGGAAGUAUGCACGGGUUUGGGUGGUUACCUGCCGGGUCAAGUACUUCUCACCACGGACAGCAUGAGUUUUUAUAAAUGAGGAAGGUUAUGGGGUCGGUUAUUCACGAGGGACAGCUAGGCAUACCAGGUAGGAGCAUGAGGGACGGACAUGUACGUAUUCGGGAGUUUUGGGAGGAAUGUCAAGGGGGGGGGUGUCCUCGGGCUUGACUGGCAAAAUGCUUAUGACUGUGUUGAUAGGGAUUUAUUGAGGCUUAUUUUAUUGAAGCAGGGUUUUGGAGAUGGGAUUGUAAGAUGGGUUGAUACCUUGUAUGUCACGGCUAUGGUACGCGUACAGGUAAACGGUAAAUUGGGGCAGCCGGUCCGUAUGGAAAGGGGUUUGAGGCAAGGGUGCCCCCUCUCCCAGCUGCUUUUUGCUUGUAUGCAAAACCCCUUUUAUGAGCUGGUGGAUGGUGGUUUGAGGCGUGGAACGCUGAGCAGUGACCAUGCAGCGCGUGUGGUCGGGUACGUAGAUGAUACCACAA